AUGUUUCCAAGAUAUCCAGCUACCAGGGCCAGCCGGUCGUGCUCGAGCGGAUUUCGAUUUGUUGCCAAUUCUCCGCGACAAUUCCGCCGCGGAACAGCAAGCUUCACAAACAAUAAACUUCCCACCCGACAGUCAUUAUCGUCAAAUGUGUCUUCGAACUCUUCAGUCCCUCGUUUCGAACAAUGGCAAGCUGGAAAGAGGCUAGCGUCAACUGCAGCAGCUGCAGCACCCGGAGAACCUAUGGAGACGGCCCAUCAAGGGAAUCGCAAAGAUGAGAUCUACGGCUUGAUCGACAAAAUCAAUGAGACAGAUGGGGAGCUAGCUGAGCUCAUGGAGGAUCUGGGGAUUUCAAAUGAGUAUUUUGGAGCUCUCAGUGUCGACGGUCCGGGGUUAGAUCAUGCGUUCAGUCAGACUAUCGGCCAUCGAGACGAACAAGCGCUGGAAUCGCGAGUCCGGACGGCGAGACAAGAAUAUGGCGAUGAGCUACCGGAGAAUCAUUUGAACGCCACGGAGCUGAGACUGUACAUUCAAUUAUAUGGCGAGCCAAUAGGUCGAGCGAAAGAGUUGGAAGUCGAGGAAAAGGUCGAUGAGGAGCCCGACAGGCUAUACCGUGAGGAUGGAGAGGGUGGAUGGGAGGAAGUUGAAGUCGAGCCGGAAGAAGGGUCAGACGAGCCAGAAGUAGUCUAUGACAUGGAAGUCGGUCCGCCAGUGAAGGAGACCAUCUCAAUGCAGCGGACGAGGGAGGUGGCCGAACAGCUUGGUGGAGAGAUCAUGCUGGAGGAAUUCCAGGACGAGGCAUUUCCGGAUUCUACGCCACGUCUACACCCUCUCACGAUCGAAGGGAAAUUCGCGACACAUCCCAAAACCGUGAAUAUGCCAAGGGAUAGCAUGACUAUCCCCAUCAGUGCUGUCCUUUCCAACUUUUCCAACAGACACAUUGCGGAUAUUGCGCAUCGUACUUUUGGUGGGAGAUUGCUUCCUCAUUCUACAACAACGCUCCCUCCACGCGCGCAGGUGCCCCAACAGCCGAUCCCGUUGCAGGCUUCCCAGCGUCAUAUGGGUGAGAUGGAGGCAAAUGCAUACAUCGCCGCUCUCUAUCCUGGGAUGUACGCAUCUGCGCUAAGUACGUUGGUGGAAAUUCGCAAGCGCCUGGGAACGAAUUGGAUACGCUGUCUAAUGACACAAGACGGUGGGCCGAAUGUGCUCGAUGCGGGUGGCGGAGGUGCAGGUAUUCUAGCUUGGAGAGAUGUUCUCCGCGCUGAAUGGGACGCCAUGUACCCUGAUCGCCCUAAUACAGAGCCUGUCCUUUUGGGUAGGUCAACAGUGGUUGCUGGAUCUGAAUCCCUUCAAGCACGUGCGAGUCUUAUGUUGGAGGAUACAACUUUCCUCCCACGACUUCCGGACUAUGUUCAUGCGCGUGAGAAGCCUACUUUGGAUGACGAGAGAACCCCAAGAAGGAAGCAGUACGAUAUCAUCAUCGCGCCUCACACUUUGAUGGAAAUUGAUGAGGAAUAUUUGAGGAAGCAACACGUUGAGAACUUGUGGGCUCUCCUCAACCCCAACGGCGGUGUACUGAUUCUCCUCGAAAAGGGCCGCCAAAAAGGCUUUGAGGCUAUCGCCGGUGCCCGCGAAAUGCUACUUAACCGCUACAUCUCCAGCCCCGGGUCUACAGAGUACGACAACACGCUGGACUCCCCCGAUGACAGCACCAGAGUUCAAAAGGAAACCGGAAUGAUCAUUGCCCCUUGCACAAACCACGAGAAGUGCCCGAUGUACAAUGGUCCGGGUCACAACAAGGGCCGCAAGGACUACUGCCACUUCGAACAACGAUACAUCCGACCACCCUUUCUGCAGCGCAUCAUAGGAGCCAAGGACCGCAACCAUGAGGAUGUCCAAUUUAGCUACGUUGCCGUGCAGCGUGGUAAGGACAUGCGCCAGAGCGACGGAAUAGUCCAGGGUCCCCAGGCCGUGGAGGCCGCUUUCGCUGGCUAUGAAGACCUUUACGACAUGACCGCCGAAGAGAACCUCCCUGAAGAGGACCUGGAAAGCGCCGAAACUGAACCUGAAGCUUCUGCGGCGUCAUCCGCACCACAGGACGCGAAUGCCACUGCGACCGAACAGACCUCACCAGGACCAACCGAACCCUUCCACACCCUCUCUCUGCCUCGCGUCAUCUACCCACCCCUAAAACGUCGCGGCCACGUCGUCUUCGACUUCUGCACGCCAGCAGGCCAAAUUGAGCGCUGGACCGUUCCUCGCUCAUUCAGCCGUCAAGCAUACAAAGACGCGCGCAAAGCCCGAUGGGGUGACCUCUGGGCUCUCGGCGCAAAGACACGUAUCCCCCGGAAAGUCAUUCUGGGCGACAAGCACGGCGAAGGAAAGAAGGAGCGGUUAGCGAAGCGAGCUGCUGCGAAGGAAGCGAUGCGCGAGGAAGAGGAAGGCUUUGGUGAGGAUGAAGACUCGGAGCAAGGUCCUUCGAAGAAAUUGCCGGAUUUGCCGGUCCCAACCAAAAAGAAGGGAGUGACGGUGCCUAGUUGGAAGAAGCAUGCGGAUAAGAAGACGCUGAGACAGGCUUCGAAGAAGCGUUCUAUUGUUCAGUUGGCGGAUGAUAACUGGCAGUGA